AUGGGCACUCUCCAAAUGGUGGCGCCAUUUCUGACGAGUCUACCGGUUCACGCUUUGGUAGCACCAGCGCUUUUCGGGCCGACGACGUUGGUGGCUCUGGCGUCGGUGGCUCUGGCGUCGGUGGCUCUGGCGUUGGUCCCAAGGACGACAGGGAAGACGACGACGACGAGGCCGCCGGCAACUGGGCUGACGACAUUGGUCGCUCUGGCGUUGGUCCCAAGGACGACAGGGGAGACGACGACGACGCCGGCAACGCCGACAACGGUGGCGGCGCUGUGGGCAUAG